ACUUUCAAAAUUUACAAAAGAAAAACUUCAUGCUAGUUAAGAAAAAAUUUUACUCUCUCUAAGUCUCUAUCUCUAGUGACCUAAUGCUGGGAACCCCACCGACACGUGGCUCUCAACUAUAGGCGCAUUCGGUCAUUCUCGUACGCCGUUUUGCACUUGAUUCUGAUUGCAUGACUGGAAUGGACUGCAUUUUCUUUUCGGUCUUUGUUCUUCGAGAAAAAGCGAGAAUCAAUUUUCUCAUAUUAUUUUCCCGAGAAAACCCUAACCAGCUGAAUGAGCUAUCACAUUUGCACUCAUUGACUCCAUUGCCGCCACCGCAGCAAGCAAUCCGUUGUAGCGGUGUUGGUCUUUGAUUGUCGGAGCAUUUUGAGGACUUGCUCAUUGAAGAAGCAAAUUGAUGCUGAAGCUCAUGCUGUUCAUGUUUGACUUGCAGAGCUUAGUUUGGUUGCUUCCUUCAAAAGGCAUGUGACGUGAGCACAAGUUUAAAAACGAAAUGGAGCAGUAUGAUCUGCAAAGACAAAGAAAGGAUAUGAAAAACAAAGGAAGAAAUGUUGUGUGGUCAAUUGCAAUGGAUAAGUGUCUUAUUGAAGCCUUGGCUGUUCAGGCAAAACGUGGGAACAAAAUUGACAAAUGUUUCAAUGAAAAUGCCUAUACCUCUGCCUGUGUGGCUGUGAACGCUCAAUUCAACUUGAAUUUGAAUAAUCAGAAAGUGAUAAACCGCCUAAAAACAAUUAAAAAAAGAUAUAAAGUAAUAAAAGAUAUGCUAAGUCAUGAUGGUUUCUGGUGGAAUCCAAAUACAAAGAUGAUUGAAUGUGACAGUGAUGAGCUCUGGAAGAAAUAUAUUGCUGCACGUCCUGAUGCAAGAGGGUUCCAUGGAAAGCAGAUAGAGAUGUACGAUGAACUGAAAAUUGUUUGUGGAAAUUACCAAGCCCCUAGUCGUUGGGCUAGGAUAAAGGAUGGAAGCCAGCUAAUGGAUAUGAAGAAUGGCGUGGAUGAGUCACCUUCCUUUGUUUCUCCCAGUUCAGAAGAUAUGAGUGAGACAGAUGGAACUGAAUCAUACUCCACCCUUCCACCAGAAUAUUGCCCGAUGCCAGAUGGAUUUCAGGAGCCUCCAGUGGCGCAGCCACAGAGACAGCAGCAAAAACGUCCUCGUACCUCAGAGGAUGCCCUUCAGGAUGCAUUGAUGACAGUGGCAGCAAGCAUCAGGCGACUAGCUGAUGCUAUGGAACGAAACAAAUGCUCAGUUGAUGCGACUGAGCUAUUAGAGGCUGUGAUGGAGAUAGAUGGGUUGGAAGAAGGUAAACAGAUGUAUGCGUUUGAGUACUUAAAUGCUGAUCCGGUUAAAGCCAGAGCCUUCAUGACAUACAAUGCUAGAAUGAGAAAGAUAUAUCUCUUUAAAUUGUUCUGGUGGUGGAGAUGA